AACCACUGCACCACCAAGGAAGCCCAGAAAGGCAUUAUUUAAUGAUACAGGGAUCAAUACAAGAAGAAGUUACAAUAUUUGUAAACAUAUGUGCACCUAAUAUAGGAACACCUAAAUAUAUAAAGCAAAUAUUAACAGACAUAAAAGGGAGAAAUUUAUAAUAAUACGAUAAUAGAAGGGGAAUUUAACACCAACUUACAUCACUGAACAGAUCAUCCAGACAAAAAUUCAAUACAGAAACAGUGGCCUUAAAUGACAUAUUAGACCAGUUGGAAUUAAUAGAUAUCUACAGGACAUUCAAUCCCCAAUAAAAACAUAAUACACAAUAUUUUCAAAUGCAUGUGGAACAUUCUCCAGGAUAGAUCCCAUGAUAGGACACAAAACAAGUCUCAACAAAUUAAAGAAGAUAGAAAUUUUACCAAACAUCAUUUCUGACUACAACGGUAUGAAACUAGAAAUCAGUUACAGGAAGAAAAGUGGAAAAAACACAAACACAUGGAGAUUAGACAACAUGCUAUUAAAAAACCAAUGGGUCAACAAACAAAGAGCAAAUCAGAAAAUAUCUUGAGACAAAUGAAAAUUAAAUGCAACUUUCCAGAAGCAGUUCUAAGAGGGAAGUUUAUAGCAAUACAGGCCUACCUCAAGAAAUAAGAAAAAUAUCAAAUAAACAACCUAAGCUACCAUCUAAACGAAUUAGAAAAAGAAGAAAAAAGCCCAAAGUCAGGAGAAGGAAGGAAAUAAUAAUGAUCAUAGCAGAAAUAAAUAAAACAGAGACAAAAAAAUAACAACAACAACAGAAAAGAUCAAUGAAAUCAAGUGUUGCUUUUUGGUUUUUUAAAAAGCUAAAAAAAUAGAUAAGCCUUUAUCCAAUCUCAUUAAGAAAAUAAGAGAGAGGACCCAAAUAAACAAAAUAAGAAAUGAAACCAAUAUCACAAAAAUACAAAAAAAAAAUCCUAAGAAUACUACAAACAGUUAUAUGCCAAUAAAUUGGACAACCUGGAAGAAAUGGAUAAAUUCGUAGAAACAUACAAUCUUCCAAGACUGAAUCAGGAAGAAAUAGAUAAUCUGAUCGGACUGAUUACUAGUAUUGAAAUUAAAUCAGUAAUCGAAAAACUCCCCCAAAAAACAAAAUCCCAGGACAGAACAGCUUCACAGGGGACUUCUACCAAACAUAAAAAUAAGAGUGAAUACCUAUCCUUCUCAAACUAUUCCAAAAAGUUGAAGAGGGGGCUUCCCUGGUGGCGCAGUGGUUGAGAGUCCACCUGCCGAUGCAGGGGACACGGGUUCAUGCCCCAGUCCAGGAAGAUCCCACAUGCCGAGGAGCAGCUAGACCCAUGAGCUGUGGCCACUGAGCCUGUGCGUCCGGAGCCUGUGCUCCACAACAGGAGAGGCCACAACAGUGAGAGGCCCGCAUACCACAAAAAAAAAAAAAAGUUGAAGAGGAAGGAACAUUCCGAAACUCGUACUAUGAGGCCACAAUUACUCUGACACCAAAACCAGACAAAAAAGAAAAUUACAGGUCAAUAUCAUUGAUGAACAUAGAUGCAAAAUGAAAUAUUAGCAAACCAAAUUCGACAAUACAUUAAAAGGAUCAUACACCAUGAUCAAGAGGAAGUUAUUCCAGGGAUACAAAGAUGGUUCAAUAUGUGCAAAUCAACCAAUGUGAUACACUAUAUUAAAAAAAAAAAGGCUAUAAAUCACAUGAUCAUCUCAAUAGAUGGAGAAAAAGCAUUUGAUGAAAUUCAGCACUCAUUCAUGAUAAACUCUAAACAAAUUGGUAUAGAGGGAACAUAUCUCAACAUAAUAAAGGCCAUAUAUGACAAGCUCACAGCUAGCAUAAUACUCAGUGGUGAAAAACUGAAAACUUUUCUUCUAAAAUCAGGAAUAAGAAGGAAUGCCCACGCGACACUUCUAUUUAACAUAGUGUUGGAAGUCCUAGCCACAGCAAUCAGGCAAGAAAAGGUAAUAAAAGGUAUUCAAAUUAGAAGGGAAGAAAACUAUCACUAUUUGCAGAUGACAUGAUACUAUAUUUGGAAAGCCCUGAAGUUUCUACCAAAAAAACUACUAGAACUAAUAAAUAAAUUUAGAAAAGUUGCAGGAUACAAGAUCAAUGUACAGAAAUCUGUUGCUUUCUGUACACUAAUAAUGAACUAUCAGGAAGAGAAAGCAAAAAAGCAUUCCUAUUAACAAUUUCAUCAAAAUGAAUAAUAUAUCUUAGGCAUAAACUUAACCAGGGAGGUCAAAGACCUAACUCUGGAAACUAUAAGACAUUAAUGAAGGAAACUGAAUAGGAAGCAAAUAAAUGGAAAGAAAUCCAAUAUUUGUGGAUUAGAAGAAUUAAUAUUGUUAAAAUGUCCAUACUACCUAAAACAAUCUACAGAUAAAAUAUCCAUGAAAUUUUUCAUAGAAGUAGAACAAAUAAUCCUAAAAUAGCGCUCCCUGACUUCAGACUUUACUACCAAGCUACAGUAAUCAAAACAGUAUGGUACUGGCACAAAACAGACACAUAGAUCAAUGCAACAAAAUGGAGUGUUCAGAAAUAAACCCAUGCACUUAUGGUCAAUUAUUCUAUGACAAAGGAGGCAAAAAUAUACAAUGGGGAAAAGACAGUGUCUUCAAUAAGUGGUGCUGGGAGAACUGGACAGCUGCAUGUAAAUAUUGAAAUUAGAACAUUUUCUCACACCAUAUACAAAAAUAAACCCAAAAUUGAUUAAAGACCUAAACAUAGGACUGGAAAUCAUAACAUUCCUAGAAGAAAACAACAGCAGUACACUCUUUAAGAUAAGUCUUAGCAAUAUAUAUAUUUUUUUGAUCUGUCUCCUAAAGCAAAGGAAACAAAAGCAAAAAUGGGACCUAAUCAAACUUAAAGGCUUUUGAACAAAGAAACCAUCAACAAAACAAAAAGGCAACCUACUGAAUGAGAGAAGGUAUUUGCAAAUUAUAUUUCUAAUAAAGGAUUAAUAUAGAGUUCAUACAACUCAACAUAAAAAGAAAAGCCCUAUUUUAAAAUGGGCAGAAGACCUGAAUAGACAUUUUUCCAAAGAAGACACAGCUUGCCAACAGGCACAUGAAAAGAUGCUCAGCAUCACUAAUAAAUGCAAAUCAAUCACCAUAGUACCUCACACCUGUCCAAAUAACUAUCAUCAAAAAGAUAACAUAUAAUAAAUGUUGACAAGGAUAUGGAGAUAAGGGAACCCUCAUACACUGUUGAUGAGAAUGUAAAUUGGUACAGUAACUAUGGAAAACAGUAUGGCUGUUCCUCAAAAAAAUAAAAACAGAGCUACUAUAUGAUCCAACAAUUCUGCUCCUGGAUAUGUGUCUGAAAAAAAAUGAAAACACUAAUUUGAAAAGAUAUGUGCACCCCCAUGUUCAUAGCAGGGUUAUUUACAAUAGCCAAGAUAUGGGAGCAACCUAAGUGUCCACCAACAGAUAAAUGGAUAAAGAAGAUGUGGUAUAUAUACAAUGGAAUACUACUCAGCCAUAAAAAAUAAUGAGAUUUUGCCAUUUGCAACAACAUGAAUGGACCUGGAGGGUAUUAUGCUUAGUGAAAUAAGUCAUACAGAGAAAAACAAAUACUGUGUGUUUUCACUUAUACAUGGAAUCUAAAAAAGUAAAUGAAUGAAUAUAACAAAACAGAAACAGACUCACAGAUACAGAGAACUAACUAGUGGUUACUAAUGGGAGAGGUGUAGCAGAGGGGCAAUGUAGGAGAAGGGGAUUAAGACGUACAAACUACUAGGUAUAAAAUAAAUAAGAUACAAGGUUGUAAUGUAUAGCACAGGGAAUAUAGCCAAUAUUUUAUAACUUUAAAUGGAGUAUAAUCUAUAAAAAUAUCGAAUCACUAUGUUGUAUACCUGAAACUAAUAUAAUAUUUUAAAUCAACUAUACUUCAAUUUUUAAAAAAUGAUCUUGCUCAGUAGUACAAGCAGAAACUUGGUCGCAUAUAUUUGGGUGGAUCCUUAGGGUAUUAAACCAGGAGGGAUGAAUUAUGUUUAGAUAGGGGCAAAUUUAUCAAUAUGCGUAUACACACGAUGGACUCAGGAGCAGCCCAUGCUGCAUUUCAUACCAAUGAAAUAUGUAUUUCUCUAACGAGAUCCUGAUAAAUAUUUUUUAAAACUCUCUAAGUUUUUUUUGACGUGCAGCCAUCUUUUGUGGUAACCUGAAGACAUCUGUGGUGGUGGCUCUUCAAUAAUGAAGUCUGUGAAAUAGAAUAGAUGGGCACCCUACAAAGAUACUUCUUGACAUAUAUACCUAUAUGAAAUUCUGUGUCUCGUGGGCAGAACACACAAGUCAUCAUAACAGGGAUUCAGAUCCUCUUUCUCAGUCCUUGAUAUAUCCUACUUUAUAGACAGGAGGCUUCAAGUAAAGGAGAGACUGGGUCCUUUUGACAAAAUUUCUCGUAACUUAACACAAGUAUAUACACAAGUAUAUAACACAAGUAUAUACAAUUAAUCAUUCCCCAAAAGUCCCUAAGGGAGACCUGUGCCAUCUACCAGUUGAAUCUCCUUCAAACUGGAUCUACAAUGUAUGGUAGCAUCAUUGGAAGUUAUGGCUACUGCAAUUACAGUCUCACUUAGGAGUGGUUCUCAAAUGUGUAGUGAUAAGAAAUCUUCCCAGGGGCAAAUUUUAAGGAGGUAUAUUUAGUAGUUCACUUUGUGAAGAAGAGCUGUGUCCUGAGGUUAGAUUUAUACUGAUUCAUGUCCAAAGCUCAAUGAGUUGACGGGCAGAAGGGGGCUAGACAAGAAUAAGACUGGAAUAAGAUGUCUGGAGGAGACAGAUGUGGAUGAAGUUCUAGGAAUAGGUACUGAAUAGGGUUUACAAAUGCUUAAGAGAGGAUAGGACAUUAGAGGGAAGAAAACAAGUGAGGUUUGUGUAUUUAUAAUUUUGGCUGGCUGUGCAGAGCCAUGUAAUGGCCAUUACAAUGUUUCUCUUCCUAAGGCCACAGCUCUCAUAAGUGUAGCCUUUUCUGCCAGGCUCUGGUAGUAUUACUUACCCUCACUAUAAGCCUGAUGGUGAUAAUGGGUCCCUACCAUCAUCAGUUACAGGAUGCUUCACCAACCCUACCCAUGUUUUUGGAGCCCCCGUUUAUUAAACUCAAGUGUCCUUUUGUUUCUUGACAACUGACACGUGUUUUUUGAGGUGACCCUGACAACAACCCUGAUCAUAAACUCCAUGGGGAUGGAGAAUUUAAUAUCUUUUAUCUGAUGUUGUUAUCCCAGCAUCUAGAAUGAUGUCUAAUCGCACAGCAAGUUUUCAAUAAAUAUUUGUUCCAUGAACAUAUGUAGUGACCACUUUCUUUCCAUUAGUGAAAUUUAUGUUAAAGUCUAUUAUGAUUGAUUUAAUGUAAUAUUGAUUUAAUACAGUUUGACCAGCAUUUUUGUGCGUUAUUUAUAAUUCAUUAAAGAAUGACAAAGAAUUACGUAUGUCAGCAAAAAGCAAGCAAACUUGUUAUGUGCACAGUAAUCCAAGAUCAACGUAAUUUAAUUAACAAAAUUUGUUGAAACAAUAAUAGAAUUCAUCUGAAAACAAUGUUGAGUCAUAAAAACUAACAGCUUCCUUAUAUAUCAAUACAUCUAUACCUGCAGCACUGCCUUGACCUCCAGUAGAACCUCCACACUGGGCUCCAGGGGUGCCAGCACGGGGCUUAGGGGUUAAUGGGUCUGUUGGCUGUAUAGAAACAGUGUAGAGGUCCCAAGUUGAAAAAUUACAAAAUUAUAAUUUUACAGCUAUUUAAUUUCAAUCCUAAAUACCUCAGUCGUCCUGCCUUUUUUUUUUUUUUACAAAACCAAUUUUCUUACGUAACUCAAAAUUUUUUCACACUUUACCUACGUAAUGGUAAUUUUAACGUUUUCAAUAUCCAAUCCAUAUUCAAGUUUCCCUGACUGUCUCCAAAUGACUUAUAAAAAAACUGCUAGUUCAAUUGGGAGCCAAUAGAGGACCACCCUUUGUAUCUGGCAUUUAAGUUGAUAUUUAACCCGUUCUCUUCAGGAUCUUUGAGAGGCUGGGCAGGAUACUUGUAAGACAUCGCCCUUCAGCUUUCUAAAAUACGUAAACGCCUAAAGAGUGACCGCCGCAGUGGACGCGGAGGUCUAUGGGAAAUGUAGUCUUGAAUCCUUCUGUUUUACCGCGCGGCACUCUGGGAAGGGGAUUCUGGGCUGCUUCUGCGCGUGUGCGGCUGUAUCCCCGCCUCCUCUUUCGUCUUCUCUGGACUCCAGGGAAGAGGUUUGGGAAGCUCGGAGUCGGCUCGGAAAGUGAAGGGUGCGCACCUGGGCUGAGCCACAGUUCUCUACUCUCCCAAGAGCAGAAAAUGAACAUACCUCAGGCAUCAGUGUCAUUCAAGGACGUGACUGUGGAGUUCACCCAGGAGGAGUGGUGGCAGAUGGACUCUGCUCAGAGGACCCUGUACAGAGAUGUGAUGUUGGAGAACUACAGCCACCUCGUCUCAGUGGGGUACUGCUUUACAAAACCAGAACUGAUUUUCAUGUUGGAACAAGGAGAAGAUCCAUGGUUAUUAGAGAAAGAAUUUGUAAACAGAAGUUCCCCAGAAGAAUCCCAACCUGAUGAACUCUUACAGGAGAGCCUAGAAAACCAAGGCAAACAUUUGAGGCAAGUUUUAUUUGUCAACAAAUCAUUGACUACAGAGCAAGAAAUUUCAAGAAAACUCUGUACUCUGGACAUAAACAUUUUCCCUGCAGAAACAAUGCCUUGUAAAUUUGACACUACAGGGUCUACUUACUUGCUUCUUAGCUCAUUGACCCCACACUGUCAGUAUUCAAGAAAGAAGGCUUAUGAGCUUAAUGUAUGUGAGAAUUGGCUCCUCAGUAUUAAGGAUCGCAGAACUAAUACUGGAGAGAAAUCUUUUGUUUAUAGUAAAAGUGUGAAAGCCUUUGGACAUAAAGACAAAGUUAUUCAGCAUCAGACAAUUCAGACUUUACAGCAAACUUUUGAAUAUAAUGAAUGUGGAAAGGAUUUUCUUGAAAAGACUGCCCUUGUUACAUCUAAGUAUACCCACCCAAAAGUGAAAUCUUAUAAAUUCAGUAAAUUUGGGGAAAACCAAUAUGAUAAAUCAACCUUGAUAAUCUCUCAGAGCAAUCAUCCAGAGGAGAAGAGUCACUAUGAGUUUAAUAAAUAUGAAUAUACUAUUGAUAAAAACAGAAAUAAUUUCAGUAGGAUCACUCAAAGAACUGACGCAGAAGGGAAAUCUUUCAGCCAAAAAUUACACAUUAGAGAACAGCAAAAAAUUCAUAUAGGGGUGAAACCCUUUGAAUAUGGAAAGAAUUUCAGCCAUAAUUCAACCCUCCAAGUGCAUCAGAGAAUUCACACAAUAGACCAGUCCUCUGACUAUGGCACAUGUACAGAAUCAUUGGCUUACCAGUCAACUUUCAAUGUACAUAAGAGAACUCAAAUAACAGUGAAACCCUAUGAGUGUAAUGAAUGUGGAAAAUCCUGCACUAUGACUUCAUGCCUGAUUCAGCCUCAGAAAAGUCACACAGAGGAGAAACCCUAUGAAUGUCAUGAAUGUGGGAAAGCUUUCAGUGAGAAGUCACGCCUAAGAAAACACCAGAGAACUCACACAGGAGAGAAACCCUAUAAAUGUGAUGGAUGUGAGAAAGCUUUCAGUGCAAAGUCAGGCCUAAGAAUACAUCAGAGAAUUCACACAGGAGAGAAACCUUUUGAAUGUAAUGAAUGUGGGAAAUCUUUCAACUAUAAAUCAAUCCUCAUAGUACAUCAGAGAACUCACACGGGAGAGAAACCCUUUGAAUGUAAUGAAUGUGGAAAAUCUUUCAGCCAUAUGUCAGGCCUAAGGAAUCAUCGGAGAACUCACACAGGAGAAAGACCAUAUAAAUGUGAUGAAUGUGGGAAAGCUUUCAAACUGAAGUCAGGUCUAAGAAAACAUCAUAGAACUCAUACAGGGGAGAAGCCCUAUAAAUGUAAUCAAUGUGGGAAAGCAUUCGGUCAGAAAUCACAACUCAGAGGACAUCAUAGAAUUCACACAGGGGAGAAACCCUAUACAUGUAAUCACUGUGGGGAAGCUUUUAGCCAGAAAUCAAACCUCAGAGUACAUCACAGAACUCACACUGGGGAGAAACCCUAUAAAUGUGAUGAGUGUGGAAAAACUUUCAGGCAGAAAUCAAAUCUCAGAGGACAUCAGAGAACUCAUACAGGGGAGAAACCCUAUGAAUGUAGUGAAUGUGCCAAAGCUUUCAGUGAGAAGUCAGUCCUAAGAAAACAUCAGAGAACUCACACAGGAGAGAAACCCUAUAAUUGUAAUCACUGUGGAGAAGCUUUCAGCCAGAAAUCAAACCUCAGAGUACAUCAGAGAACUCACACUGGGGAGAAACCCUAUAAAUGUGAUAAAUGUGGGAAAACUUUCAGCCAGAAAUCAAGCCUUAGAGAACAUCAGAAAGCCCACACAGAGAACUAAACAUAUAAAUGUAAUGAAUAUGGAAAAGCUCUGAGCUGGAAAUCAAGUCUCGCAAUACAAAAUAAAACAUGUAGGAGAGAACCCCUAUGAAUAUAAUGAACACUUGGAAGUUCCUCUGCAAGAUAACAGCUUUCACUAAACAUCAGAGAACUUACACAAGAGAGAAAUUCUUGGAAUAUAUUUUACACAGGCAGUCUCAUCUUGAGUGCAGUCCUCAUUGUAGAUCAGAGAAUUCAAUUCAGCAAAGAAACUCUAUAAAGAUAAUGGAUACAAGAAAUACUCUGUGCAUUCAAUCCUUGGAAAACUCACACUGCAGGAGAACCCUGGGAAUGUAAUGAAAAUUUCAAAACUUUGUCCCAGCAAUCAAAAUUCAUUCAUCAUCAGAGAAAUCAAAAUUCAUUCAUCAUCAGAGAAAUCAAACAGUGAGAAAAUUGAGAAUGUAAUAAAUGUGAGAUAACCUUUAGCCAAAAGCCAGCUUUCUCAGUAAAGCAGAAAAUACAUAGAGACCUCACAGUAUAUGAGAACAGACAAGAAAUCAGGGUAAUGGAUGUGGGGAAUCCUACUGUAAGUCACCCCUCAGUUUGACUAACACAGGGUAAUAACUAUAUGACAUAUAAUGACUAUUAAUUGUUCACCAAUGACCAUUUCCUUUUUUCUCAUGCCACACCUAGUCUAAAUUUCUCAACUACUCUGUCAUCCAAAUGAGAUCAUAUUUUUAACCUCUGGAUAGUGAAAUGUAGAAGUCAAUGACAGGUCUUACUAAAUACACCUCUCAAAUUCUUAAUGUUUUCUUCUGUCCCUUGUCAGAAUGGAGUGGAGAUUAUCACCAGCAAAACCAAAGGGGCUCAUGCACGGAAGAUGAAAGAGUACAAAGUAGAAAGAAACAGGGCCAAAGAGUGACUGUUGAAUGAAAUUUUCUUCUGCAUGUACACAGACAUUUUGCUGUGAUGAAAUAAACUUGUUCUCUGCUGGG